ACCUGCCUGCCUGCCUGCCCGCCUGCCCGGCCGCCUCCUGCUCCUCUUCCCCGGCCGCACAUCCGCCUGGCCUCCGCUCCCCGCGGCGCGCCGAGAUGCCCAGCCUGACCCCGCAGGUGCACUGGGCGCAGCGCCACCGCGAGCUCUACCUGCGCGUCGAGCUCAGCGACGUCCAGGAUCCUGACGUCACAAUUACAGACAAUGUGCUGCAUUUCAAAGCUCAAGGCCAUGGCGCCAAAGGGGACAACGUAUAUGAAUUUCAAAUUGAGUUCCUUGAACCCGUGAAACCGCAGCUUGUCUGCAGAGUCACCCAGAGGCAGCUGAACAUCACUGUGAAGAAGCAGGAGAGCCACUGGUGGGAACGGCUGACCAAGCAGGAGAAGCGGCCGCUCUUCCUCACUCCUGACUUUGACCGUUGGCUGGAUGAGUCAGACGCCGAGAUGGAGCUGAAAGCGAAGGAGGAAGAAAGAAUUAACAAAAUCAACAUCGAGAACAGAAUCCCCAAAGACCCGUUCCGGCACCUGAAGAGAGGGUUCUUGUUCAUGUACAACCUCGUUCAGUUCCUGGGCUUCUCCUGGAUCUUCGUGAACAUGACGGUUCGGCUUUUCAUGCUGGGGAAAGAUUCCUUCUUCGAUACUUUCCAUGCCACCUCGGACAUGAUGUACCUUUGCCAGACUUUGGCCGUGAUGGAGAUUGUGAACACCUUGAUUGGUCUUGUGCGAGCUCCUCUGGUGCCCAUCCUGUUGCAGGUCUUCGGGAGGAAUUUCAUCCUCUUCGUCGUCCUCGGAGGGGUGGAGGAAAUGCAGAGCAAAGCGGUCGUCUUCUUCGUGUUCUACAGCUGGAGCUUGGUGGAAAUAUUCAGGUACCCUUUCUAUAUGCUUUCCUGCAUCGACAUUCAGUGGAAGGCCCUGACGUGGAUCCGCUACAGCAUCUGGAUACCCCUGUACCCUCUGGGGAUCCUGGCAGAAGCCGUGACUGUGAUUCAAGCCAUCCCCGUCUUCAGCAGAACGGGAAGGUUCAGCUUCUCGCUGCCUUCUCCGCUGAGCGUCACCGUCCCGUUCUCAGUGGUCCUGCAGCUGUAUUUGGUGGCCUUGUUUCUAGGGCCGUUUGUCAACUUCCGUCAUCUCUACAAGCAGCGGAAACGGCACCUGGGCCCAAAGAAGAGGAAAACACACUAGGCCUCAGGGUGGGAGGGAUCCCUUUUCCUGAAGGGAGGGCCCAGCUCCUCCACCUUCCGUGUUUUACUUGCCCAGUUCACCUGAAUGCUACUUGCGUCCAGCUCUGGUUCCCUUUCCCCUCCAGGUAGCAUCUUUCCCUCAGGGGCUCGGUUUGACUUCUGUCUGAUCAAGUUAAAGCGCACAGUACUGUAACAAUUAAACCCAUAUCCUGCAUCCGUGCAAAAAAAUAAAUAAAAGGCACUCGGUGGGAGGAGAGGCGAUGAACGGACGCAAGUGCUUUUCCACUGAAUUUUUGCUGACUUGUUAAGCCCUGAUAGGAGUCACAGUGGGAAGAACAGGUAGCUGGUGGGAAUGCCCGCCCUCCUUCCAACCGGAGCAGGAAACAGUCCCCCCCUCCCCAGUUACUUUCUACUAGGUUCCUUUAACUGGAUGAAAAUCUCAUUGAUUAAAGGAGACGGUUCUGUGAGAAGACACCCCACACCAGCCAUCCCGGAGUAGUGAGCAUGGGGCAGGCUCCGGGGUGCCUCGGACGUUCCCCUUUCCAGGUGCACCACAAACAACUGCCGACUUGCUUUCAGCGUUUUUACUAAGAAAGCUUUCCUCAUUCGAGAGCAAACCUGGAACUCUUGUUUUAUGAAGAGUGCAGCAGGCUAAAGCAGACGAGACUCAGGACGUUCCCCUAAUCUUGGAGGAAGUACACAGGCAUUGGCAAAUCCACACACCCUCCAAACCCCACCAGUGGUAAAAAGGUGGGGGAAGCCGGGUUUUUAAAGUACCUGGCUUUGAUGAGCUUUCAAGCGCUAAUGGGCACAAACCCCCCUCCCCCACCCUCGAAACACAGCUCUGAAUCAGGGCUGGAGGACCGGAUAAGCAAGAUCCUCACUUGACCUUUUCUUUGCCCUGUUUGUUACUUGGAAGUAAGCCCCAUUCGACUCAGUGGCGCUUACUCCCGGGAAUAUGUCCUUCAGACCACAUCCUUUGCGUGUUAAGGGUUCGACUUUGGUCGGUUUUUCUUCUAACGCAGGGGUCUGCAACCUGCGGCUCUCCAGAGGUUUGUGCUGGCAGGGGCUGAUGGGAUUUGUAGUCCAUGAACAUCUGGAGAGCUGCAGGUUGCAGACCCCUGUUCUAGUGCAAGAGGGAAGAGGAGCUUUCGGUCCUGCACGCCUGCCCCCCAGGACAAUUUUGGGACCAACGUGGAGGAAAAGGCUUGCAGGUUGGGGCUUAGUGACAGGGGUGGGUGGGCGGGGCUUAUCUGAGAUUGCUGCCCCUUGCGCCAGCAGAAGGACUUCGGUUUCAUGCUGCAGUUCCACAAGAUGCGGGAGGCGGUGUUUGAACCACCAGGUCAGCCUGCUCAACUCUGAGUCCACGGUCUGGGCACUUAAGCGUCCGUCCCGUCUGCAUUGAUUAGUUUUUUUUCCAAAGGUGAGCAAAUGUAUUUCUAAUAAAGAUUUUAAGAACA